GCAGCAGAGCCAGGACCCAGGGACCAGAUCUCCUGUCCUGUGGACUCAGCCUUUUUUGAGCAGCUGACCCAGCAAUGAGUAAUUCUACGGGCUGUUUGGCCAAUGCCACAAUUUGCAAUGGUUCAUCUUGUGUGGUAGCUGACAGCAAUUUCAAUACCCUUCUAAGUGUGGUCCUGAGUACUGUGCUGACCAUACUGUUGGCCUUGGUGAUGUUCUCCAUGGGAUGCAAUGUGGAAAUCAAGAAAUUCCUAGGACACAUCAGGCGGCCGUGGGGCAUCUGUGUGGGCUUCCUCUGUCAGUUUGGAAUCAUGCCCCUCACGGGAUUCAUCCUGUCAGUGGCCUUUGACAUCCUCCCCAUCCAGGCUGUGGUGGUUCUCAUCAUGGGCUGCUGCCCUGGAGGAACUAGCUCCAAUAUCCUGGCCUACUGGGUUGAUGGUGACAUGGACCUGAGCAUCAGCAUGACCACAUGUUCCACCCUGCUCGCCCUGGGAAUGAUGCCGGCGUGCCUCUUCAUCUAUACCAAAAUGUGGGUCGACUCUGGGACCAUAGUAAUUCCCUAUGAUAGCAUAGGUAUUUCUUUGAUUGCUCUCGUUAUUCCUGUUGGCUGUGGAAUGUUUGUUAAUCACAAAUGGCCCCGACAUGCUAAGCGCAUACUUAAAAUUGGGUCCAUUGCAGGUGCAAUCCUCAUCGUGCUCAUAGCUGUGGUUGGAGGAAUAUUAUACCAAGGUGCCUGGAUCAUCGCUCCCAGUCUGUGGAUUAUAGGGGCAGUAUUUCCUGUGGCCGGGUAUACCCUGGGGUUUCUUCUGGCUAGAAUAGCUGGUCAGCCCUGGUACAGGUGCCGAACGGUCGCCUUUGAAACAGGCCUGCAGAACUCGCAGCUCUGCUCCACCAUCGUGCAGCUCUCCUUCACCCCCGAGCAGCUCAACCUCAUGUUCACCUUCCCGGUCCUCUACAGCAUUUUCCAGCUCUCCUUCGCGGGCAUAUUCGUGGCAUGUUAUUUUGCAUACAGGAAAUAUGGUAGGAAAAAUAAUGCAGAACUUCCAGAAAACAAAGACAAGGAAACAGAGUCCAAGUCAUCAGUUUAUAAGAUGAAUUGA